AUGUUCAUUGGCGGCAAUACAGUCUGGCGACCCCAACAAUCUUACAGAAAAAAGAUCGCGUAUUUUAUUAUUAGACACCCCAAACCCAGGCCUGCACCGGGCUGCCACAGCGCAACUCACUCGUCUUUCUCAACUGAAGGGGCCAAGUUAUUUGUCGUAAUGAUUGGGAAGUUCGUUCUCUUCGCUAGCCUUGUGGCCUUGGUCAUGGUCGCUCAAGCAGCUAGAGUAUCACAUGGCAUGGCGGGCAAGUCACGCACGACUGAUUCUAAUGUGCCAACCGAUGCUAUUGGGUUCACCGACCGGAAUUUCGGAGGCAGGAAAUGUCCUUGUAAAUGCCAUGCCAAGAAGGCGAGGGCAAAAGACAGCUGCCACGGACGGAGUGCCUGCAAGGUGGGGAGAUGUACCUUUGGUCUGCUCCGAAAAGGCCACAAUUGCUGUGAUAAAUCCAAACGCGGAAUCAUUUGCUAUGGUCCGUAUUGCGGUUAGGAAGAGUCUGGAUUGUCGGAGCCGCAUUAAUUCUGUGUCGAUAGUUUAGAACGGACUAUCAAAUUCGCGAUUGGGGUUGAGUUUGAAUGGGAAGGGACAUGAUACGGCACUUCGCUGAAAAGGUCACACCUUGCGCGCCGAUUCGACAGCCGUGGAGGCUUGCAGUACCAAGCCAGAAGCAAGUAGCGUUAUCUCAUGAAGAAGUUAGCAUGUUUGAAUAAAGGGAACAAAGAGUCAAGUUGCAUCGAACUUCCUUCAACCAA